GAGUUGUAGUUCGCGGCGGGCAGUCGGGGCGCGGGCAGUCAUGCCGCCGCGGCGGGAGCUGCUGGUGCUGGUGCUGGUGCUGCAGGGCGCGGCCGCGCUGGAGCCCGUCAGCCUGGGCAUCGCCAUCGGGGCCGCCUCGGCGCUCACGGGCUACCUCUCCUACCCCCGCUUCUACUGCGGCUUCGUGGAGUGCUGCCCCCGCGACGGGGACCGGCCCAACGCCACCGCCCUGAAGGAGGUUCUGGAUACGAAACUCUUCGGCCAACACCUUGCCAAAGAAGUGAUCCUGAAGGCAGUGGUCGGGUUCAAGAACAACGCCAAUCCCAAGAAGCCGCUUGCUCUCUCCCUGCACGGCUGGGCAGGCACGGGGAAGAACUAUGUCAGCCAGAUUAUUGCCGAGAACAUCCACAAACAAGGACUGAAGAGCAAGUUUGUGCAUCUCUUUGUAUCCACACUACACUUCCCGCAUGACCGGAACAUUACACAGUAUAAGGACCAAUUACAUAAGUGGAUUCGAGGCAAUGUGAGUGCCUGUGCCAGCUCUGUUUUCAUAUUUGAUGAAAUGGAUAAAUUGCACCCUGGCCUCAUUGAUGCCAUCAAGCCUUUCUUAGACUACUAUGACCAGAUUGAUGGCGUGUCUUACCGGAAGGCCAUCUUCAUCUUCCUUAGCAACGCAGGUGGUGACCUCAUUACCAAGGUGGCUUUAGACUUCUGGAGAAACGGAAAAGACAGGGAGCAGAUACUCCUGAAAGACCUGGAACAAGUAUUGUCUCUGGGAGUCUUCAAUAAUAAGAAUAGUGGCUUGUGGCACAGCAGCCUGAUCGACAAAAAUCUCAUUGAUUACUUUGUCCCGUUCCUGCCUUUGGAGUACAAACAUGUGAAGAUGUGCAUCAGGGCAGAAAUCCAGUCCCGUGGCAAUGGAAUUGAUGAGGAAGUUGUUAAGAAAGUGGCUGAUGAGAUGACCUUCUUCCCGAAAGGAGAGAAAAUCUACUCCGAUAAAGGCUGUAAGACAGUGCAGGCCAAACUGGAUUUUUACUGAAACAUCAAACAAAGGGGACCAAUGAACUUGAUGCCCCUUUGCCUCUCCAAAGCACUUUUUAGAGGUUUUUUGCAAUUUUGUGUUUUUGCACUAAACACUUUUUAAUAAUUGGAGGCAUGUGGGAGGACUUCUAGAUGAUAACCAUGCAGAUCUCUUUAUUUAACGCUGCAGUGCUCCUGCCUACACUGACAGGUAUUUGGGAGUUGCCUUUCUGAUAUGCUCAAAGAUUUGUAGAGACUAGCAUACGUUGUUGCAUCUGACCUUCCCUGCAUUAUAUUUCAAGAGAUUAAAUUCUUCCCUCCUCAUCUCUUCCCCCAACUCUAAUGUAGAAUGAAGUCCUUCCAGGUACCUUAUAAUCUUUGCCUAGUCUGUGAAGUGCUUGGUUCCUAGUGAAAUCAAAAAAAACAUUUUAGCCCUAGCCUCAGCAGGAGUCGAAGUGCCUGUAGCCCAUGCCAGGGUAAAUUCCUUGAUACUUUCCUAGUCCAAAGGCUGCUCUGCUAGAAGGGCUCCUUGCACUAUGCAAGGGGCUGGUCAUUUUGUGCUGCAUGGGGAGGUCAUUUGCUCUCCAGAAUUUCUGACUCAUCUGUUGUCUCUUGCUAUGGCAAUGUUGGAGUCACGGUUGGCUCAGGGAGAUCUGUUACUGGGUGGUGGGAAAGGGAAGAAAUUAGUCACUUGUCUGUCUCUAUCCAAAAAAAUUCCCUUCAUAUUUAGUCUUAAUGUAAAGAAACCUAGAAUUUUUCCUUGGUGGCCAACGGGGGAUUGAGUUUUUCAAUAGGGGGAACUGUUCCAAAGGAUUUGACUGUUACAGCAUUUCAGGCCAGUAACUCUUUUUUGGUAGGAAAACUCAUAAACACUUGACUGUUACAACCUGUCAGGUCAGAUUCUGUUCAUGUAAACCACAAAGCCGUAGCCAUUGUCUGAAUUAAACCCACAUGAUGCAGCUAUGGGAAGACAACCCCUCUUCCCCCCUGCUUGAAGGUUACUUCAUAGUAGAAAUUAUUUUUAAGAGCGUAUUUUUAUACUGUUUUGUACUUUGUACUUCUAGUGCUUACACUUCAGUAAUAAAGUUUAUUUCUAUAGAAUCAUGGGGGAAGAGAGGAUGGGACAUAUGGUCAAAGAGCAAUCUUCCCACAUGGUGGUGUAUUUUUUUUAAGUAGAUUUUUUUUACAUUACCAUUAAUUUUCAAAGCAAGAGGCUGUAUGCUGUGGUCAGCUCGAAACAUCUUGUCUGCAGAGGCAAGGUGAAAUGGAAAGCUGAAGGUAAGCUGGAAGAUUACCUUUCAGCUACUAGUAAGGGUGGCAUUUAAGUCCUUGUUAAGUUAGAUGUGAUAGUAAACUUCUUUCUUCUCCCCCACCACGCACACAGACCAGUGCUGUGAGGCGAGAUGGAAGUGCCUCUGUGUCAAUGGCCAGGACAUACUUGCCAUUGGGAGAACUCUUUGAGAUGGGUAGCUUGGUUACAAUACAAUGGAGACUUAUGUGAGGGAGUGGAUUAUUAUAUAGCUGCUGAAUUAACUUCCUCCUCAUAUACUGGAUCCACACUUUUAAGAACAAGCAUGUACAAUAUCUUAAUGUCUCAGUACUGGCUGCCUUUAAUGCAAAAUAACCAGCCAAAGAGCUUAAAUGUCCAGGUUAACCUCUUGACACUGAAUUACGCUUUAUGCCAUUUGUUAUGAUAGGACACUGUUUAUUCUGAUGCAACCAGCUAAAACGAACCGUAGCUAUUAACCUUGGGACAUUGGACUGUUGUUUUUGAUGUGUAAUGUUUUGCCUGCAGCAGUAACUGUUUGUUAUUUGGCUGUUCCUGAAUAAUGUUCCAGAUGAAGCAGCUCCAGCAGAUGUCUUUGAAUGUAAAAGUACUUGUGCAAGUCUACAAAUGCCAGUGUCAUCAGAACAUCAUAGAUAUAAUAAAUCUUUUAUCCCUCUUUA